CCGUCUGCUUGUUAAGUGUCCUUUCACUCCUUCGCAUACAUUAUACCGAUUAUACAUUCGACAAAGGUGUACCCAUUUUUUUUUCAGUUAAAGGCUAUUGCUAUUUCCUAUUGAAAAUUUCCGUAGUAAUCUACAACCACAGUAGUUUUUAAGAUGUGGAAACCUAACGAAGAUUUUGUUAGUGUUCUCCUGUCAAUGGGAAUUUCCAGGAAUGUUGCAGAAAGGGCAUUACUCAACACAGGAAAUAGCUCAGCUGAAAUAGCAGCUGCAUGGAUUUUUGAUAACCCAGAUGGAACAUUGCCUGAGCUUCCCCUCACUGCUGAUGAAAUUGCAAAUCUUUCAGACUUGCCAUCCCAGGAAAACAUGAAUAGUGAUGAGAAUUGUGAAGAAGAUGAGGAAGAUGAUGUGGUGCCUGAAGGCUAUGAUGGCCCGUACAAAAUGGUCUUUGUUGUCAAUAUGAGUUUAGGGAUGGGAGUAGGAAAAAUAGCAGCACAAGUGGCACAUGCUGCAUUAGGGUUACACCGUGAGCUGAUUGACAAGGAAAUGGAAGAGAAUAAGGAAUGUGGGGCAUUGACUUGCUGGGAAGAUUAUGAUGGAGAAAGAAAAAUUGCUCUGAAAGGUGAAAGCAAGGAGCAUCUCCUUGAUCUAUUGAGGCAAGCAAAAGAAGUUGGUUUAUGUCACUACUUGGUGAGUGAUGCAGGUCACACACAAGUUGCACCAGGCUCAAAUACUGUGUUGUCAAUAUUUGGGAAAGAAUCUGAUGUUAACCUAAUUACUGGAAAAUUAAAGCUGCUAUAGCAAGCAUUAAAACACCUAUUCGAUUCUAAAUAAUUUUCCAACCGGCUCUCUCGCUUUGAUUUAGUCGUGAAAUCAAUGAAGUUUCGUUUCAUAAGUCUUCCUCCUUUAAUCCGUAAAAGCAGUACCAUUUCUAAUGUUUUUUCGGGUAAUUGGGAAAGUUCAUCAAUUGACGUCAUCUGAUAAACUCAACAAGAGCCCAUAUAAUUAUUAAGAUCUUAUUUUUCAAUACAAGAGUAACAAAAUUCGUCAAAUAUA